AUGACUGUGGAAGUGAGGCUUGGGAAAAUAAUUACAACUAGCAAAUACUUGGAAUCUAAGAUACGACGAGUCGUAGUUCGCGAUGAAGAGGAAGAACGAACUUUGGCUGAUACUCAGGACGGAAAAUUGGGGAGAGAGGGUGACACGGAUGGGACACUGGUAGUACCACAACACAUUACAUCUCAUCUCGCCACUAUAGAGAAACAAGGCAUUCCACUGAUGCGUCCACCUCGGACACCGCGAAGUAAUACCCGUCUACGUCCCACCUCGCCUCUCACCGCUCGCGAGCGAGUCAUCUCUAUCUCUCGUGUGAAACGUGCCAUGUGCGAGCCUCCACGACAAAGAGCGCAGUUUCCCACUGCAUCAUAG